AUGUUAGAGGAGGCUUGCCAAGUGCUAGACUUACCCAUACCGCAAUUAUAUGUGCGCCAAAACCCAGUGCCGAAUGCUUACACAUUGGCUGUACAAGGUAACUCGCCUUUUAUUGUUAUCCACUCUUCACUUAUCGAGUUGUUGGCUCCUGCAGAGCUCCAGGCCGUUAUUGCACACGAACUUGGUCAUCUCAAGAGUGAGCAUGGUGUCUGGGUGACGAUGGCCAACCUGCUCUUGUUAAUGUCCACCUCAACAUUAGGGGGAAACUUGGGUCGGGCUAUGUAUGAAGUUCUCAACACUCAGUUGCUUCUUUGGCAGAGGUCUGCAGAGCUCACAUGCGAUCGUGCCAUGCUUCUAGUCAUUCAAGACUCACGAGUGGCUAUGUCGACCUUGAUGAAAUUGGCGGGCGGGACAACUCGAUACUGCAAUGAAAUGGAUGUCGACGAAUACCUGUCGCAGGCCGACCAAUUCGACAAGGCGUCAUCAACACGAUUGGGAAGGCUCAUGCGUGACUCCAUGACCGCCAGUUCUACCCACCCGCUCCCAAUUUUGCGAGUAAGAGAGUUGAAGCGAUGGUCGGAGUCCAAUCAUUUUCGCUCUCUCAUCCGUUCCGGCAAGCCACUUGUUGUCAGUAGUGAUGCGAACUUGGGAAAUGAGGUGGAAUAGUGGUACGCUUUGUUUAUCGAACGGUUCUGUAGAAUGCAUGAGUAGCGCGGACGCCUGUAGUAAUGUUUAGUACGGAGUAGGCAGCAUGAGAAUAAACCUGAAGGCUUACAUUUCA